AUGAUUCAAAUAGUUGAUGCGAGUGAAAAAUAUGGCGAUGGGCAAAAAACAAUUGUAGCUGCUGAGUCAAUUGCUGCUGGUGAAAAAAUAUGGUGGUGUUCUUGUAGUAAUGAUGAUUAUAUUAUGUCACGAGAUGAUAUUCUUCAUUUGAUUGAAAUUCAACCACAUUUAAGAAGUUUUCUUUGUUGGUAUUCAUAUAUGACUGAAGAUGAUGUGUAUUUAAUUCCUCAUACAUUUGCUACACAAUUAAAUAAUGAUGAAUGUGUUUUAUUUAAUCAUUCUUGCGAACCAAAUUGUGGCUUUGAUUCAGGUGAUGGAAAUACUAUUGUAGCUAUUCGAUCAAUUAGUAUUGGUGAAGAAUUAACAUAUGAUUAUAAUUUUCUUGAAACUGAACCAUCAUUAAUUCGUGGUACUGUUUGUAAAUGUGAUACACCAUCAUGUGUUGGUACACUUAUGUUUGAUCGAUAUCGUGAUGAAGAUUUUCAGAAACGUUUUUAUUUAUAUAUGUCAUCUUAUUUACAAACACGUGUAAGAGAAUUAAAAACAAAAUGGUAUUCAACAAAAUGUUUUACACGUUCAGCAACCGAUGAAAAACGAAAAUCUUUACACGUAUUAGAAUGGAUACAAGCUGGAGAAAUCGUUGCACGCUUUUCAGGACCAGUCCAUAUUGAUAAUCAUUUUAUAAGAAAUGUAAAUAAAUUUGAAGCAACAUGUAUGAUUGAUGAACAUAAGCAAGUUAUUGCUUUGUAUGAUUUACCACCAGAAUCAGAAAUUACAUUAAAUUAUCAUGGAAAGUUGUAA